AUGUUGUCACAGGGUAAAAGUGACAUUUUCGAAAUCGAAGGUUCUAGUAGUAAUGGUGUAAAACGUGAGAUAGAGAAGGUUCAGGAAGGAAUAAGGAAACCUGAAUGUAUAAGGAAGGAAAU